CCUGCGCUGUUUAUUUCGGGUGGUGGGGAGAAGGAGGUAGUAAACAGACCACGCCCAUUAAUACAAUGCAGCUCAACAGCCAAUCAGCGUACGGCAAGCCGUAACAAGUCAGCACCGUUGGACAGGGUUGCCUGGAGAGAGCUCCCUCUCUUGCAUGUUACCUGUAGGCCGACCGAGACAGAUGUCGAUGUGCAUGUUGCACUUGCUACAGAAGUGUUGGGCUCCAUAGAAAGAGUCCAAGUAUAGUGGUUCUAGGCUCAGCAACAACAUGAUGACAGUUUCAGUAGUGAUAGGAGGUGUCAUGUUUGUCCAGAGGCAGGGUUAAAUAAUUGUGGGCACAUUUGGGAGGAGUGACUCUUUGAUCAUUGAAACGUAACGUUGCUGGUCGAGAUAAGAAAGAGACUGAGGAAGGGGAAACAUAAUAGAAGUAGAGAAGGUGGAAAUAAGUAACUCAGGCAAAGGGGCCCCUUGUGGGCACACAGCUUAUUAGUUUGAAUUGCUGCAUGCACUGUGGGAAAAGAGCAAGGGGUACAGGACUAUGGAGAGUGCGAGAGGGUGAAAAAACUGCCAAAUGAACAGGGAGAAGGAAGACAGAAACGGGGUAGGAAGAGGACAAUAUUGCAAGUAGGAAUAGGGCAGAAGGGGUCAUAAGAAACUUCAAGAGGUUGGGGAGCUAAAAGGAAAGACCUCUGUUACCUUUUCCAGAUCUGAACUUCGGGGAGAGGCAGGAGCCUCAGCAUUGCCUCCCAGCAAGAUGAUGAUGAUGUCCCUGAACAGCAAGCAGGCUUUCAGCAUGCACCACAGCCUACCCGAACCGAAGUAUUCACUGCAUUCCACGUCGCCCUCUUCGUCCUCGGCCCCUUCUUCUACUUCUUCAAUCAGCAGCAGUCGGAGUUGUGGCAGCAGCGCCGAAACGAUGCGCCGAGCCUGUCUCCCAACCCCACCGGGCAAUAUAUUCGGCGGUCUGGAUGAGAGUUUGUUGGCCCGUGCUGAAGCACUUGCAGCUGUGGAUAUAGUCUCGCAAACCAAGAACCACCAUCAUCCUCCACACCACAGUCCUUUCAAACCGGACGCUACCUACCACACAAUGAACACUAUUCCUUGCACCUCUUCUGCGUCUUCCUCAUCUUCUGUGCCAAUUUCACACCCGUCAGCUUUGGCGGCAUCCCACCACCACCAUCACCACCACCACCAUCACCACCACCAACCCCACCAGGCUUUGGAAGGAGAUCUGUUAGACCAUAUUACGCCUGGUUUGGCACUGGGAGCCAUGACAGGGCCAGAAGGAUCUGUGGUCUCCACAGCUGCACACCCCUCUCACAUGGCAAGUAUGAACCCAAUGCAUCAAGCAGCCAUCAGCAUGGCCCAUGCCCAUGGGCUACCUUCCCACAUGGGUUGUAUGAGUGAUGUAGACGCCGAUCCAAGGGACUUGGAAGCAUUUGCUGAGCGUUUUAAACAGAGGCGAAUAAAACUUGGCGUUACCCAAGCGGACGUGGGGGCAGCACUGGCUAAUCUGAAGAUUCCAGGCGUAGGAUCCCUGAGUCAAAGCACAAUUUGUCGCUUCGAGUCACUCACUCUGUCUCACAAUAACAUGAUUGCUCUCAAACCUAUCCUGCAAGCUUGGUUGGAAGAAGCAGAAAAGUCUCACAGAGAAAAGCUCAGCAAACCGGAGCUCUUUAAUGGAGCUGAAAAGAAAAGAAAGCGCACAUCCAUUGCAGCUCCCGAAAAGAGAUCUUUGGAAGCUUAUUUCGCUAUCCAGCCCCGUCCUUCCUCAGAAAAAAUCGCUGCCAUCGCAGAAAAGUUGGAUCUCAAAAAGAACGUUGUCCGAGUGUGGUUCUGCAACCAGAGGCAAAAACAGAAACGAAUGAAAUAUUCUGCAGGCAUCUAGAAACUCCAGAUGUUUUCUAUAACCAGGCUUAUAGUGGUUUCCUUUUAUACUGUAAAAGACAUGCACCUCAAAACUGUUCUGUGAUUUUCUUCUGAAAUAUACCGGAAGCACUCUACAAGAACACACAGUUAACUUAUCCUGCAUAAUGCUCUUAAAAUACUGCUAACAAAAAAGUUUUGAAUCACAGUCAGCAUAUUUUUUUAAUGGAUGUGAACUCAAUUUUAAGUGGACCCGGGGCCACCAAGUAAGGAUCCAUUUUUAUUCCUAAAAGUGUUUCUUGUCCUAAGGGGAAAUAUAAAUACAUGAUGUCACUAUUUUUCAAAACGAAAGACUAUUUCAUGAGUGGAACUGUGUCUAUAUUUAAAACAAAAUUAGAUAUUACGGAUACCAAAAACUUUUUUUUAAUUAUAAAGUACAGUU